GCAUAGUUGGCGCCCACCCACAAAAUUGAACUCCAUUCACCGAACUGUCGCGAGAAGAAGACAGGAAUUGCUGUCCGCGCGACGGAUAAAGAAGAUGGUGGACGCGGACGAUCGACUAGACUUCGAGUUCGAAGAUCCCAUUCCAGUUGCGCCACCUAUCACCAAAAGAAAGAAGAAGGUCAUUGAUUUGGAUGAUCUAUUAGAGGCUCACAAGAAAGAGCAAAAAAAGAUCAAUGAGAAAAUAUCUAAACAGCGAAAAAUUCGAAAGGUUUAUGAUAUGGAGGAUGAGGCUGAUGAUGCUGCUGAAGCACGGCUUUCAGAAUGUGUUGACAAGUGCCAAAAAGAGAUAAAUCAAAUAAAUGGUGACGAGGAACUGCGCCUAUGGGGCAUUCGAGUUUUUGGGGAAAAUGAAAAUCUGCCACAGCAGGAUUACCCAGAGUUAAAAACUUCACACCUCCUGCAAUCCUUAACGAAUCAAAAGAUCAGUUCUCUGGUGGAGCUGAACAUUGAGGAAGGGGAAACUUUUCUGGAUGGAUUGUUGGUGGAUGGCUGGCUAUUGCACCUUGUAUAUACAUCUGGUUGUGUCGAAAAAAUCAUUGCGACUUGGACGUUCAACUUAAUGUUGUAUUCCCCUAAGGUAUUGCUGAUGGAAGCUGCCUGUGAAUUCUGGUGUGCAAUUCUCUCACGUACAAACAAGGAUGAUUUGUCUAGCAUCAGGAUUGAAUGGUUGCCUAGAUAUUCAGAUCUAAAAACGGCCCUUCUUUCUUAUGGUUACCUUCUGGAUUCACCUGCUAAAGUUUCAACAGAUAUUGAUAUGAUUCAAUCUGAUUCUGAAACAACAGGCCCCCCACAAAAUAUUCGAUCAUGGAUGAAGUGUGCAGCUUCUUGUUGCCAAAUAAGGAAUCAUACUCGACUUUUCUCAGUUAGAGAAGCAGAGGAAUUGCUGGCAGUAUUCAUUUCUUUUGUUUUAGAUCGACAGCUUCUUGGCCUCUCUAUAGUAAUGCAUGAGGCCAUGCUUUCGGUGAUUAGAUUCUUUAGGGAUGAGGAAUGGCUUGACAGCUGUAAGAAAGUAUCUAAGUCUCUUGCUUACAGGUUGCCUUGCGAUAUCAAUUGCUUGAGGGUGGUGGAGAGCAUUACGGGUACUGAAGGACGAUGUAAGCAGCUUAGAAGUGCACUAGCAUUCCAAUUUCUGUUGACAUGUUUAAACAAGAAGGUGUGUGAUCCGGAGGAGAUUCUACAAAUGCUAAUUUCGAUAAAUGUAAAAGACAAGACCUGUGAUCUUUUCAAGAUAUACAUAUACUUGAAUUUGGUGGAGAAUUGGUUGUCAUUUGACGAGACGUUAAAAGAUAAGUCUGUUCUACAUGAAUUGUGGGGUGUUUGUCUCCGAAAUUUCUCUUGUGGUGUAACCAUAACCGAUUUAAGGCCUUAUGCAUCCAAUGUACGUAGCAAAGCUUCAUAUCUCCUCCAGGGCAGCAUGAGAAAGUGAUUCUGCAGUGAUGAAUAGGUUCUUGCAGCUAAUAUAUCCUUUUGAACAUGAAUCUGGAAAACAAGAUCGAUCGCUGGAAAACCCGGCGCUCUGUCGGUAAGUGUUUUGCCAGUUCUAAUUUUGGAAAAAAACUGGGUUGUUUUUAUCUUGCUCUAUGUGGUCUAUAUAUAUAUAUAUAUAUAUAUAUAUAUGUGCAUACAUACAGAUGCUUUUCACUCUGAUGGUUUUUGAUGUGCAUGGAAGUAGAAAUCCACCUUUGGAUAUAAACAGUAUUUGAUAGAAUAUUUUUAAUGAUCCCAUCAUAAUUAAAGUGUAA